AUGUCUGCCACCGCCACAGCUGCCGCUUCGGCCCUCGAGACGGUGGCUGUCGAGCACCUUCCGCCGGGCUACGCCGUGCACGCGGUGCUCUUCCGCGACGUGCAGAACGCCGCCUUUUUGCAGGCGCAGCUGGUCGCCCGCAAUGCCGCGUUCGAGUACGCCCUCGUGGACGCGUCGACGGUGGUGUCACGAGCACACCUGCUCGCCGCCGUCCACAAGGCCAUCCUCGCCCACGUCGGUGGCUCGCUCAAGACACCCAACGUGCACUCGGAGACGGUGCUGUCGCUGAGUCCGUCGCUCAAUAUCGCCGAGGCCUACCGCCGUUUCGGCGUCACUGCCGACACAAAGAACGUCUUGGUCGUCAAGAUCUUGCUGCCCAACGCCUCCACCACCGCCGACGACAUCUGGCUGCACCUCAGCAGCAACGUCGAGGGCACUGCCGUUCCACCGUCCGAGGCCGCCAUCGAGAGCGGCACCGACGUCCACAAGGUCAAAAAGUACUUCAAGCUAAACUCUGUUCCCUCGCUCGCCGGCCGUACAGACUCGGCCGAAAAGCGGAGGGAGCUCGAGGUCUUGACACUGGGCGCCAUGGCACUGCGAGGAUUGUAA